AUAAAGAAAUCAUCUUCCCCGAAUUACACAACAAAAUUAUCAUUUCGACUCUGUCAGACCGACUUUCUCAGUUCCCUCUCACUUUCCAUCCACUCUUCAUUUUCUCUCUCCUCUAAAACCCUAAUUCCAAAAUCCAUACCAAACCAUCUUAAUUAGUCAAUCAAUUGAUCAAUUGAUUGAUCAAAUUCAUCAAAAGAAUGGGAGAUCACCUGGAACAAUUAGAUCCAGAGGUAGUUUCAGAAGGUUUAGAACCGUCAAUUAAAGGAGAACUUUGCAUGGAAAUUGAUCCCCCGGUUAGUGAAAACACUGCAACUGCUGAAGAUUGGAGGAAAGCGCUGAACAAAGUUGUACCUGCUGUUCUUGUUCUGCGCACCACUGCUUGUCGCGCUUUUGAUACUGAAUCUGCUAGUGCUGGUUACGCUACCGGUUUCGUCGUAGAUAAGCGUCGCGGAAUUAUUCUUACUAAUCGCCAUGUCGUUAAGCCAGGGCCAGUGGUGGCGGAGGCGACGUUUUUGAAUCGGGAAGAGAUUCCUGUUUAUCCAGUAUAUAGAGAUCCGGUACAUGAUUUUGGAUUCUUUCGGUAUGACCCACAACAGAUCCGGUUUUUGAGCUACGAAGAGAUACCUCUUGCCCCCGAGGCAGCUUCUGUUGGGCUUGAAAUCAGGGUUGUUGGCAAUGAUAGUGGAGAAAAGGUAUCUAUUUUGGCUGGAACUCUUGCACGUCUCGAUAGAGAUGCUCCUCACUACAAGAAGGAUGGCUACAAUGAUUUUAACACAUUUUACAUGCAAGCGGCUUCAGGGACUAAGGGUGGUUCUAGUGGUUCCCCUGUUAUAGAUUGGCAAGGAAGGGCAGUUGCGUUGAAUGCUGGGAGCAAGUCAUCCAGUGCGUCAGCAUUUUUUUUACCCUUGGAACGAGUUGUCAGAGCACUAAGAUACCUUCAGAAUGGCAGGGAUAUGUCUGUAGAUAAAUGGCCAGCAGUUACCAUCCCCCGUGGUACACUUCAGAUGACAUUCGUUCACAAAGGUUUUGAUGAGACAUUUCGGCUUGGUCUUCAAAGAGAUACAGAACUGAUGGUGCGGAAUGCUUCUCCAUCAGGAGAAACUGGAAUGCUAGUUGUUGAUUCAGUGGUGCCAGGUGGACCAGCUUAUAAGCAUUUGGAAACUGGUGAUGUUCUUGUUCGUAUUAAUGGUGAAGUUAUGACUCAGUUCCUCAAACUGGAAACUUUGUUAGAUGAUAGUGUAAGGCAGAAAAUUAUAUUGGAGAUAGAAAGAGGUGGCACUCCAAUGACGGUAGACCUGAUGGUUCAAGAUUUGCACUCUGUUACCCCAGACCACUUUCUUGAAGUCAGUGGCGGUGUGAUUCAUUCUCUGUCCUAUCAGCAGGCUCGAAAUUUCCGGUUUACCUGUGGCCUUGUUUAUGUUGCAGAGCCUGGAUACAUGCUGUUUAGAGCUGGAGUGCCUCGCCAUGCCAUCAUAAAAAAGUUUGCUGGACAGGAGAUAUCAUGCCUUGAUGAGUUGAUUUCAGUCCUCUCUAAGUUAUCUAGGGGUAUACGCGUGCCACUGGAAUAUAUAACUUAUGUGGACCGGCAUCGAAGGAAGUCCGUUUUGGUUACUGUAGAUCGACAUGAAUGGUAUGCCUUUCCUCGAAUAUAUACGCGUGAUGAUAGUACUGGUUUAUGGAUAGUGAAGCCUGCCUUACCGUCAGAGUCUCCACUGCUAUCAUCUGGUAUCAAUCACGUCAAUGGUGGUGCUAGCAAUGAAGCAGUGACAUCAGAUAUCAGAGGGGUUUGUGUAAUGGAUUAUACUCAUCAAGAAAAUCACCAAAAACUGGCUGAUGGUGCUGCUAUCAUGGAGACUAAUAGUGAUCAUGCUUCUGAAGAUGCAAACUCUCGAGAUGAAUCUGAUACUGGAAGCAAGAAGCGAAAGGUGGAAGAAUGUUCAUCUGCUGAUGGUAUUGCUAAUACUGAUAGUUCUUUGUGUGAACCUAGAGAAGAAAGCUUGGGGGACUCAGGAAUUUUGAAAAAUGCUACCCCAAGGGAUUGUCAAGGUGCUAUAGCUGCUGUAUCUAAUUCUUCAGUUGCUGAACGUGUUAUAGAGCCAACCCUUGUUAUGUUUGAGGUUCAUGUGCCGCCUUCAUGUAUGCUUGAUGGUGUACAUUCCCAACAUUUCUUUGGAACAGGCGUUGUUAUUUAUCAUUCGCAGAACAUGGGUUUGGUUGUAGUUGACAAGAACACAGUUGCAAUAUCUGCAUCUGAUAUCAUGCUAUCCUUUGCCGCAUUUCCUAUUGAAAUUCCAGGGGAGGUAGUUUUUCUACACCCUGUACACAACUACGCUCUUGUUGCAUAUGACCCUGCUGCUCUUGGUGCUGCUGGUGCAGCAGUAGUUCGUGCAGCUGAGCUACUUCCAGAACCUGCAUUGCGUCGAGGAGAUGCUGUAUAUCUUGUUGGGUUGAGCAGAAGUCUUCAGGCUACCUCACGAAAAUCCAUUGUCACCAAUCCAUGUGCUGCAUUAAAUAUCGGAUCAGCUGACUGUCCACGAUAUAGAGCCAUGAACAUGGAGGUUAUUGAGCUUGACACAGAUUUUGGCAGUACAUUUUCUGGUGUCUUGACUGAUGAUCACGGUAGGGUUCAAGCAAUAUGGGGGAGCUUUUCAACUCAGUUGAAAUAUGGUGGAAGUUCAUCGGAGGACCAUCAAUUUGUCAGAGGUAUACCAAUUUAUACCAUCAGUCAAGUCCUUGACAAAAUUUUGUCUGGUGCAAACGGCCCACCUCUUCUUAUAAAUGGCAUUAAAAGGCCUAUGCCACUUGUUAGAAUACUGGAGGUGGAACUCUAUCCCACCUUACUAUCAAAGGCAAGGAGUUUUGGCCUGAGCAAUGAUUGGAUCCAAGCUCUUGUGAAGAAAGACCCUUUGAGGCGUCAAGUGUUGCGUGUCAAAGGUUGUUUGGCUGGAUCAAAAGCUGAAAACAUUUUGGAACAAGGUGACAUGGUUUUGGCAAUCAAUAAAGAGCCCGUGACAUGCUUUCGCGACAUAGAAAACGCUUGUCAAGAUUUAGACAAGCAUGAUAAAAAUAAUGGAACGCUCCAGAUGACUAUCUUCCGACAGGGGCGUGAAUUGGAAGUAAUAGUAGGAACUGAUAUUAGAGAUGGUAUUGGUACAGUUCGUGUUGUAAAUUGGUGCGGGUGCAUAGUUCAGGAUCCUCAUCCAGCAGUACGAGCUCUUGGGUUUCUUCCUGAAGAAGGCCAUGGUGUUUUUGUUGCAAGGUGGUGUCAUGGCAGUCCAGCUCAUAGAUAUGGUUUGUAUGCUCUUCAAUGGAUAGUAGAAAUGAAUGGAAAACCUACACCCGAUCUGGAUGCUUUUGUUAGUGUUGCUAAGGAAUUAGUGCAUGGAGAUUAUGCACGUGUGAAGACAGUCCACUUGAAUGGGAAGCCCCGUGUCUUAACAUUGAAGCAAGAUUUGCAUUACUGGCCAACUUGGGAGCUAAGGUUUGAUUCAAACACCGCACUGUGGUAUAGGAAUACAAUUAAGGCAUUAGAUACUGUUGUGGCAUGAAUGGUUCCAUCAGCCAAGUUCGUUUUGUAAGUGAAGUCCAGAGUUUGCGAACCCUUUGAUGGUACAUACCUCAUUGAGCAUUGUUUUCGGAGCUGCUUCAAGAUGAUUACACAUUUACACUGCACUGAACAUUUCUGAGAUUGAUCAUGCAGUUCAAUUUCUUUUCAUUAUUGAGGGGCAGCUUGUUUAAACAAGGAGGAGGAGGCCUUUAAAGGAUUAUUCAUGAUCUUGCAUGUUUGGAUAGAUGCAAAAUUGAUCUAUGUAGAAGGGAUGUGAAUUUUCUAGAUGUUAUAAUUGAAAUUUUAUGCAAGGGACGUACAUCGAUACAUGAAUUUCUUCAACGUAACGGAGGUGGCUAAGUAUGUAGGUAUCUCUAUUGUUGUCUUGAAAGAACUCUAUUGAAACUUAUGUUGAAGUCCUCUUAUGUGCGCCUUUUUUUUUGUCCUGCUUCAUACUUGUAUUGUAUUGUAUUGUAUUACAAUAAUAUCCCCUCUGAUUCAUGCUUGGUAUUGGUAUUGUAGAAUACUUUUUUAUCCAAACAGCUAAUUAUGGAAAAUUAUGUAUACCAUAUUUUGGUAAUAGUAUGAGACUGAGGUUCGCUUCUUCUUAA